AUGGAAACUUUGCAAGUGAAAGUUGCAGCGCUGGGAGUUAAUGGGUUUGAAUUAAGCAAAAUGAGGAAUUUGAAGGAACUAGAGCUCAGUAUAGUUCCCCCAAGGCCUUUGGCCUUCCCAAUUUUGAGUGAGAUUGCUGGGUUUAAGUGCUUGACUAGGCUCUCUGUUUGCCACUUCUCCAUAAGGUUCACAUCUCCUUUAUUGGAAAUAAACGCAUUUGGGUCAUAUGGGUUACUAAUGAUAAAUCUGCACCUUCUAUUGUUCAGCAGCCCAAAUGGAUCUUACACUACGGGUCUCAAACGAAUUACUCACCAGGAAGUAAUGGAACUGGAGUUCUCUCUGCCCAACAGGCCCAUCCUUUAA